UUGGAGAAAUUAUUAAAGAAAUUACGAAGGAUUUGAAAGAGCGUAAGCCCAAAUCAUCUUACGAAUCAAAUGACAUGCCACUGCAACAACGUGACUUUAGAGAGGCAAUGGCUAAAAUUACAGAAACCGCAGUAGCUAAUGUUGAGGGAAAGAUGGGCUAUUCGAAUUAUUGGUGUAUCGUCAGCGCAGGAGCUCCUGGGAUAGGAAAAACUCGAUUUGGAAUAGAGCUUUUUGAUUACAUCAAACAAAAUUUGGAACCUCCAGAAGAAUGGGGUGAUGCACAUUUUGAAUAUCUCUAUAUGAAUUUCAGGAAUAAUUUUUACCUUAGUAGAUAUGACAGCGAACUUAAAUCAGAGGUAAUUUUUGGAUUGCGUAUUGCUUAUGCAUUCUUCAUUGAAAAAAAAUACGACACCACAUUCCUAGUGUUCUGCUCUAGAGCUCUUCAGUACGGCGAAGAUAUUUUCAUUUUUGAUUCCGUCAUUUAUUAUUGCUAUGAAUCUCUGAAGUUCUCCAACAAUCAAAAAUUAUUCUUGUAUCUUCAUAUUGAUGAAUUUCAAUUGAUUGAUGAAUGGGAUGCACAAAAUAAAACAAACCAAUUCUUUGGGAAUAUGAUCCGUGGCAUUUCAAAAUUCAUGAUUGGUGAAUAUUCUACUUUUAUACAACCAUUCCUCUCAGGAACAGCAACACGAGCUAUUACUAAACAAAAAAAAGCUACGGGUAUCUCAUUUCAGUUUGUUGAUUGUCCAUUAUUGGACAUUAAAUCGAUGAUUCUAAUUAUGGACCAUUUUGUGACAAAAUUUAAAGCAUCAACAACAUUAUUAAACCUUGAAGCACCAAUUAAAAAAGGCGUAGCACGAAAAGGCGUAGCACCAAAAACAAAAGGCGUAGCACUACCAACAACAAAACAUGUAUAUAAGUGGAAGCUUUGUGCUCCAUUUUUACAACUUCUGAUAGAUACUGGAGGUUUGCCUCGUGCACUUGAAUGACUCCUUGACGUAUGUUUCAAGACAGUAGGUGGUAAUGGAAAAGAAUUCUUUGAGAACCUAAAUUAUGAUUAUAAUAAUAUUUUCUCAAUCGUUAAGAGUAAUCUUCAAAAAAUGUACGCCAUUUAUAGACAGGUUUACGGUGAUAAGGGACUUUUCAUGAAUCUUUUGUAUCAUUGCGUUGAGGGGAUCCCUGUUGAAGAAAAUAAGCGCUUAGAUAAUAGAGGGACAACA